AUGCUUGGAACAGGUAACGCUGUGGCUGAUUCAACUGAGCUUACUGAGCUAUAUGACGAUCCCGAGCACUCUGUCUCCGACAUUAAGGUACUUUUUAAACCCCUAACAUCACAAUCGGUGCACACAGGAAAGCGGUUUGCUACAUAUUUGGGCAAUCUCACGUGGUGGACUACUGAUGUCGAUAUUUUUGAGGCAUUCAACAACAUCGGCGUGAAAGAUAUUCUAGAAGUAAAGUUUCACGAAAACCGUCAGAACGGGCAGUCAAAAGGGUUCUGUGUGGUUGUGUUCGGGUCUGAAGCGUCUGUGAAGACGGGAAUGGAGAAAAUAUCAAAGAUCGUGAUUAAUGGACAACAGCCAGUCCUUACAUAUUGUACCAAACACAAUUUGACUAUUUUUGAGAAAGCUGCUAGCAAUGAUGCUAGUGCUCAAAGUUCAUCUUCCGGCUCUGCUUUACUCGGGUCUGGUUCGAGCAAUGGUCGCCUGCCUCCACCUCUAAUGAGUACUCCGGCGCUCCCAGUCUCUCUUGGUUUUAGUCUACUUAUGUCAGGAUUUAACCUUCCUACAAGCCUUUCCACUAAUCCGGGAUCUAGUCUCAUUCCCACGCCACCGCUUCCAAUGCCUUGUACUUCUGGAACAAACACUCAUAUCAACCCAAACUUUUUACAGCAAGGUGCUUUAACUCAAACGGGAGCUGUUGGUCCUAGUUCCUUACUUCAAGCGGCUCAGUUAGGUGCCUCGGUUCUCCGUCCGCAACUAGACCAGUUUGGACGACCGUUGGUACAAACCUAUACACCAGGCCUCUUCUAUUUUGAAUUAUCCGGAAAGAUCAGUGAGGCUGAAUUUGAAGAUAUUAUGCAAAAAAACAAAACGGUGUCUUCAACUGCAAUUAAUAGGGCUGUCCAAGACGCUGCCUGUGGAAACUAUGCUGGAGCGAUAGAAACUCUCGUCACUGCAAUAUCCCUUAUUAAGCAGUCGAAGAUUGCACAUGACGAUCGUUGUAAGAUCCUCAUAAACUCUCUGCAAGACACACUUCAUGGUAUCGAAACAAAGUCAUAUGGUUCGAAGCAUCAUCGAAGUGACCGUCACCGUACGCGUUCGCGCUCACCACGCGGAGCUCGAAAUGAUGACAGGCGCCACAGAUCGUCAAGAAAUGAACACGAACGAUCUGGUGGUCGCAGUGACCGCGACUAUUAUAGUAAUGGAUCCCCCGGAUAUCGUGAGUCAAAUCGCUAUCGGCAGUGA